CAGUCACUCAGAGGAAGUUCAGCAGUCGCACCUCUAACACAGAUUAAAACAUGGGAAAUUUAAUGUCCAAACCAGAAUUUGCCACAGUUUUGGCAGAUAAACAUGUGAAAAUCGGAGAAAACGUCACUCUUCGCUGUGAGGCAAAAACAGAGGGAUUAACAGGAACUUGGGAAAAGAACGGCCAUAAACUGGAUUGUGUACAGGACAAAAACUCCAUGAGACAAACUGGAAAAUCAUUUAUCUUGGAAAUCAAGAACGCUGAGGAGGGAGAUGAAGGGAAAUACACAGUAAUCCUGAAGAAUAAAAUGGGUGAUGCCUCAUGCUCUGCCAUGGUCACUGUAGAACUCAAUGAAUGGAGGAUGGUGGAAUGGAAUCAAGAUGGAAUGAUUGACGCCCUUAAAGCCUUUAAAAUUAGUGAUGAGACAGUUGGUGCACUCCACUUUCUUCUGUACGGACCCACUGGAUCAGGAAAAUCCAGCAUCAUAAACACCAUCAACACCAUUUUCAAAGGACGUCUGUUUGUCAACUCUCUGGCUGCCUCUGAAAAAUCUGAUAGUAGUUUCACCAAACGCUAUGAAAAAUCUGAAAUUGGAAAGGAUGGAUUGCUUCCUUUCACCUUCCAUGAUGUCAGGGGUCUAGAAAAGGAAUACGAAGGUGGAUGGAAUACUCAGGACAUCAUCAGCGCUUUAGAAGGCCACAUGAAAGAGGGCUAUGAGUUCAAAUCUACAACUAAACUGACUGAGGACAGCCAGUAUUACAUCAAAUAUCCCAGCCUGAACGAUCAGAUCCACUGCCUGGUGAACGUCAUACCAGCAGAAAAGAUUUCAAUGAUCAAAGACGAUUUCAUCCGAAAUAUGAAGAAAGUCAGAGAAGAGGCCAGCAGAAUGGGUCAUCAAAGAAUAAGCAUCUCAAGGCAUGAGAAGACAGCAACACUAUGGGAGGAAAGUAGUUACAAAGCAAAAGUGGAAGUGCUAUCAAAGAAUAAAACAGAGAUGGUCACCACAGAAGAUGCUCUGGUGACACAGUUCCAGGAGAGGCUUGCUCAUUACAGACGACACCUCUUCAACAUCAGAUGGCAAUAUGGAACAUAUCGGCAGCUGAGGGAGCGCUGUCCAGGUGUCACCAGACUACAUUUUUUCAGUGACGGACCAGCCACGCAGUAUAAGCAGAAGGCUAACUUUUACAUGCUGUCCACUGAGCCAUUUAAGAUGGGCUUUAAGGAGACAAGCUGGCAUUUCUUUGAGGCCAGCCAUGGUAAAGGUGCACCAGAUGGCAUUGGUGGCUCCUUGAAAAGAACUGCAGACAGUCUAGUGCACCAUGGAACAGACAUUCCAGAUGCUGAAUCCCUGUUCCUUCAGCUCAAACAGAAGACGUCUUCAGUGGAGCUGUUCUUUGUGUCACCAGAAGACGUGGAAAAAAUGGGACAACGCAUUGUGAACGGACCUCCACUUGUAACUAUUAAAGGCACGAUGAGGAUGCACCAGGUGAUCAGUGUGGUCCAAGAAAGCAUCAAAUACAGGGAUAUCAGCUGUGUAUGCAAAAUGAUGGAUGGAGUCUUGACUGCCCAUGCUAUGGCCUUCAAGAGUUCACAUUGCCAGAAGUGA